AAAAAGGAAGCAAAUGCAACAGAGAAGAGGGCAAGGCAAAUAUCCCGAAAGAAAUGGCGGUCUUUGGCGUCCUUGACACUUGCACUCCCGAAGUAGAGCACUAGAGAGGGAGAGCUCCCUCAAGAUCUUUUUCCUUUCCUCUUCUCUUCUCUUCUCAGCACCCACUAACAGUACCAGUAAAACCACAACUCACUCCUCCUUCUAAUUAAUUAGGGCUUCUUAUCAUUUUUCACUUUGGGUUUUUUUGUUUUUGAAAACGAUGAUAUGAAGCGCGGUCUCGACGAUUUCGAAAUCUCCGACGACGAGUGGGAGGAGCAUUCCUCCUCCUUCAAGCCCUCUCGAGUCCUCAAGAAACCUCGAACCCCAACGCCGCCUCCAAUUGAGUCCUUCGCCUUCCGAGCCUCCUCCCCAAAGCCCCAACAACUCUCCGACGACGAUGAUGAUUGCGUCGAAAUUAAAAAUGAGUUGGAGGACGAUGACGUCGACGAGGUUCAGGUUAUCAGGCCCGUCAAACCUGGCCGUCGGUUCGUCAUCGAGGACGAGGAGAGCGAUGGAGAUUGGGUUAAUAUAGAGUCAACGAGUGAAGAAGAAGAAGAAGAAGAGGCAGAGGAGUUGGAGGAGGAUGAUGUGGUUGGCAAGGCUUUGCAGAAGUGUGCCAAAAUAUCGGCCGAUUUGAGAAGGGAGCUCCACGGCUCGUCGGCUCCCGCUGUGUCUGAUCGUUAUGCUGAAGUGGAAGCUGCCUCUGUGAGGAUUGUCACUCAGGAUGAUAUUAUCGCGGCAUGUAGGUCUGACCAUUCUGACUUUCAACCUAUUCUCAAGCCAUACCAGCUGGUUGGUGUUAACUUUCUUCUUCUGUUGUAUCGAAAGGGUAUCAGUGGAGCCAUUUUGGCCGACGAGAUGGGUCUCGGGAAGACCAUUCAGGCUAUAACAUAUUUGAUGUUAUUGAAACAUUUACACAACGACCAGGGUCCACAUUUGAUUGUCUGUCCUGCUUCGGUUUUGGAAAACUGGGAAAGGGAACUGAAGAAGUGGUGCCCGUCAUUUUCUGUUCUCCAGUAUCAUGGGGCUGCGCGAUCAGCAUAUUCAAGAGAAUUGAGCUCUUUGGCCAAAGCUGGAUUGCCGCCUCCUUUUAAUGUUAUUCUCGUGUGCUAUUCACUAUUUGAAAGACACAGUGGACAGCAGAAAGAUGAUCGUAAAAUUCUGAAACGUUGGCAAUGGAGUUGUGUGCUUAUGGACGAAGCUCAUGCUUUGAAGGAUAAAAAUAGCUACAGGUGGAAAAACCUAAUGUCUGUUGCACGAAGUGCAAACCAGCGUCUAAUGCUGACAGGGACACCUCUACAAAAUGAUUUACAUGAGCUCUGGUCUAUGCUGGAGUUUAUGAUGCCAGAUCUUUUCACUACUGAGGAUGUUGACUUAAAAAAGCUAUUAAGUGCUGAAGAUAGAGAUUUGAUUGGCCGUAUGAAAUCCAUAUUGGGACCAUUUAUUUUGAGACGCCUAAAAUCUGAUGUUAUGCAACAACUUGUUCCAAAAAUACAGCGGGUUGAGUAUGUUGUCAUGGAAAAGGAACAAGCAGAUGCCUAUAAAGAAGCCAUUGAGGAGUAUCGUGCAGCUUCACAAGCUCGUAUUGCAAAAACCUCAGAGGUUAACUCGAACAGUAUCCUUGGAGUUCUUCCCCGGCGGCAGAUCUCCAACUAUUUUGUUCAGUUUCGUAAGAUUGCAAAUCAUCCUUUACUAGUAAGGCGUAUUUACAGUGAUGAGGAUGUUGUUCGUUUUGCCAGAAAGUUACAUCCAAUGGGUGCAUUUGGCUUUGAGUGUACUUUAGACAAAGUAAUUGGGGAACUUAACAGUUAUAGUGACUUCUCUAUCCAUCGGCUUUUACUGUAUCAUGGUGUCACUGAUAAGAAAGGAUUUCUUCCAGACAAAUAUGUUAUGCUUGCAGCAAAGUCUCAGGCAUUGGCUGAACUUCUUCCUUCACUGAAGCAAGCUGGGCAUCGAGUUCUUAUUUUUAGCCAGUGGACAUCAAUGCUUGAUAUUUUGGAGUGGACAUUGGAUGUGAUAGGGGUUACAUACAGACGACUUGAUGGAAGUACUCAGGUGACUGAAAGACAGACGAUAGUUGAUACAUUCAAUAGCGACACUUCUAUAUUUGCAUGCUUGCUGUCUACAAGAGCUGGAGGCCAAGGAUUGAACUUGACUGGAGCUGAUACUGUAGUCAUUCAUGAUAUGGAUUUCAACCCACAAAUUGAUCGACAGGCUGAAGAUCGCUGUCAUCGCAUUGGCCAAGUGAAGCCUGUUACUAUAUACAGGCUAGUCACCAAGGGUACAGUUGAUGAAAACGUUUACGAGAUUGCAAAAAGGAAGUUAGUGCUAGAUGCUGCAGUCCUGGAAUCUGGCUUGGAGAUGGAUAAUGAAGGCGAAACAUCCGAGAAGACCAUGGGAGAGAUAUUAUCGAAACUUUUGCUUGGUUAAGAUUUUAGAACAUUUACAGAGAGUCCGCUGAAAGAGAUACUGCAACAGAAGAUCUUUGUAAUUUAUUUUCUAUUCACCUUAUAGGAGAGGUCCAUUGUUGUAUUAGUUAGGAUUUUGAAGAAAAAACCAUACAUAGUUGUAGGUUGGUAUGCUAUACGGGUGUAAAUUGGCCCAAAUAUUCUUGUAGCAAUUAAAAGUUAUCGUCACUAGGCAACGAUGAUGAAUUUGGAGGGAUUGUAUUGAGCAAGUUUCGCUCGGAGUUCAAUGUGAGUUUAUUGAUCUGGUCCAAAUA